AAGAAUCGCUGUUAUACUUUAAACUGCACAAUGUAUUUUGUUUUGGUAAUGUUGUUUGCAUGUCUUAUUCAGGUGGAGGUGUAUGCAACUACAGAAAAGAUGUAUCAAAUUGCCGCUGAUUGUAUGGAUUCAACUCACGUUGAUCCCGAUGAAGUAGCAAUUUCUUUGAGUGGUACCGUUACCGAUUCACCAGAAUUUAAACAGUUUUUGGAAUGUUUCUUUGAAACUGUGGGCUUUCUCCAUGAUAAUGUUAUCGACUUUGAUGCAAUCCUUCUUCAUCUUGAUUACUUGGAGCCUGUGUUCCCACAUAUCGAAGAUCUAUCAGCAGCUGUGUUGAUAUGUAAAGAAAAGAUGGUUCAUGGAAGCACCAUGGCUGACACCAUAUUCAGUGGAUUUAAAUGUUUUGUGGGUGCAGCUUAAAUUUAAGGUCUUACUUAUUAUGAUCUUUGAUCUUCUUUGAUUUGUAAUUAAUAAAUUGAAAUUAAUAAAAGUUUAACAGAAA